UUAGUCAUCUUUGUGGGAUUUUUUUAAGCGAAUUUGCUAAUUAUACUAAUAUGACGUAUUUGGCCAGAUUUAAGCUUAAAAUAGGUUUUAGUUAACUCACAGUCUCAAAAGAAAAAUAAAAUAAAAUUAUGUACAUACAGAUUACAUAUUAUAUUAGUUACUUUCACAGUCACACAAUAUAUUCUCAGUUUGUCUAUUUUUUUCCUUUCAUUUACUUAAAAUGCUUGCUCACAACUCUUCCUUCCGUGACACAUUUGUCCCUGGUUUUCCCUGUGUGGAGCAUAGUAAACCCAAUUUGCAAGAGCAUUUUUUCCGGUUUCAGACUAUUUGUUUAUUCGUUAUAGGUUCCAUUUAUCUGUCUGUAAUAAGUUCCUACAGUAUUCGCCCCUAUACGUCAGCCUUUUGAGCGUUCACCUUAAGUUUUAAUAAGGAUGCUAAAUAAUUAUUAGCACUGGCGGUUUAAUUAUUCAUGUCACAAUCUAGCGUGACCUUUCAAUAUCCAAGUGCCAGUUCAGAAGCAGCGGACUUUUACCUUUGUGUGCUCAGGCUAAACUUCCUGGUAGGAGGACAGUCCUUCUUUUUAUGUCACUGACGGUAAUUCAGAGAUACUCCUCAGACUUUUAAGCUGCAACUCUGUAUUGUCAGGACGUCCUUUUAGAUAUAUUCUCUCCAUUACAGGACAAUAACCAGUCGUUUACAUUUUGCCACUUGACACCAAAAUCCUCAUCUUGGGAGCGACUGGGGCAUACUGAGCUGAAGAAUCACUGCUGUCUCCAAAGAAAAGCAAACGGAUCGAUUUGAAGGAUCUCAUGACAAGUUACAGGAACGGGGGAUUUUUCAACCCUGCAUACCAUGACACCGAGACUCUGGAAAUUGAUAGAAGGGCUUCCAGCAAAACCCACCAUACUAACCCCUAUGACAACCAAGACCCAACCUGGUGGGGUGACAGGGCUAGCAAUGAUGAUGCUAUAGGGAGAGUGCCUCAAGGUGGCUGGCAGGAGGAGAGCUGGAGGGGUAGAGAAAACAUCCCAAUGGACGCCAUCUCCAUACGCCCAAGGAGUCCUCCAAGGCACCAUGGACCCAAUCACAGUAUAUCUGGGAUGGACUCUGAAUAUAAUCAGUCAAGAUCUAUUCCACUGCCAUCGUCUUCAGGAAACAUGACAAUGCGGUGGAGAGGAAUAGCGAUGAGAAGGAUGAGCAUGUUUCCUGAUGCAGAUCAUACCCAAACAGCUUUCACAGAGGAUGCCAUCUGGAAUGAGAUGCAAAAUGAGCAACAAAACCUGCUCGAGGAACUUGCUGCUCUGUCAACACGAGACAGAAUCAAGGCCAUUCGGGAUCUUCCAAUGAGCUUUAAAGAGAAGAAACAUAUCAGGAAAGAAUUGGAAUUACAGUCUUCCAGGAAGUCUCGCCAAUUCACAUGUUUGGCAGAUUGCUCUGAAAAGCUGUCUCUGUUUUCACGAAAAUGCGGGUACCAUGUAAAGUCAGCCAAGCAGACCCUGGAACUGUGGCAAGGCGCUAUGAAAAGUAUUGGUGGGAAGUUUGGGACCAGUGUUCUCACCUAUUUUGUGUUCCUGAAGUGGCUUCUCAUGUUUAACAUUUUCUCAUUCCUGGUCAACUUUGGCUUUGUCACCAUCCCUCUGCUUGUUUACAAGCACACCCCAAACAUUUCUCAAAAUGUGAACAACGUACCCCAAAAUGUGACCUUCAGAGGACUGGAGAUACUAACUGGAGUUGGUUACUUCAAAUAUACGGUCAUGUACUACGGUAGCUACAGCAAUGGAGCUCUGGUGGGUUACAACAUGCAGCUGGCCUAUUUCUUCACCAUUGCAGUCUAUAUGGUGCUAUGUGGAAUUUCACUUAUUUACAGCAUGUCAGUCAAUUUCAAGAACAACUAUGUACUAGCAGACUCGGCAUCAAACAGUGCAUGGCAACUUCUUUGCACCUGGGAUUUUAGUGUAACCAAUGAGAAAGCAGUGAAACAGCGCAGGAACAACCUUUGUGUCCAGCUCAAGGAGUCUUUAUCAGAAACAGCCCAGCAGGAACGCCUUACAGUCUCUGAAAAACUGAAGCACUAUGGGAUUCAUUUUGGUUGCUGGCUUCUCUCCACAAGCUUGGCUUUUGGUUGUGCAGCCGGUAUUUACUUUCUCUGCAAGUAUGAGCAUAAGGUUUUACUGCAGACAACAAACACUGCCAAUUGGUCUCUGCUUGACGAGGCAAAGACACUCCUGGUUCCCUUUGUGGUGUCUUUAAUAAACCUGGUUAUUCCACUCUUCUACUCCCUCUUCAACAAAUUUGAGCAUUACUCCACCCACCGCAAACAGAUAUAUGCUCUGUUGAUCAGAAAUGUCUUUCUCAAGAUGUCCAUUCUAUCUGUUUUGUGUUAUUAUUGGAUGAAUAAGGUGCCUGCUAAAGAUCCAUGUUGGGAGUCCACGGUAGGGCAGUCUUUGUACCGUCUGGUCCUUUUUGACUUCCUUUUCCUGAUGUUGGGAUCUUUCUUUGGAGAGUUUCUUAGCAACGUGAUUGGGACAAAAUUAAUACCACGCAUGGGGGUUCCUGAGUUUGACGUAGCCAGAAAUGUCCUUGAACUCAUCUAUUCACAGACGCUGGCCUGGAUUGGAAUCUACUUCUCUCCUCUGCUACCUGCCAUGCAGAUUCUCAAAUUCCUCAUCCUGUUUUAUCUAAAGAAGGUCAGUCUCACACAUAACUGUCAGCCCCCGCGGCGUUCUGGCAGGGCAGCUCAGAUGCAAACCAUCUUCAUCUUCCUUCUCUUCUUCCCGUUCUUUGUGGGAGCCCUGUCAAUUGUUGCAUACACUGCCUGGAGCCUGACUCCCUCAGAGGGCUGUGGCCCUUUUCGUGGACUCAACAAUUCCUUCACUGCGGUUGAUGUCUGGAUAGAUGAUCUAAAAAACGUCACUGGCUCUCAGUGGGUCAUCGAGAUUUACAGUAAUGUCAUCCUGAGUGAAAUCUUCUAUUUUCUGAUCACACUCAUCAUCCUUGUCAUCAUAUACAUAUUGUGGCAAGUCACUAAUGGCCGAAAGGAGCUUAUUCGUCGUCUGAGACAACAGAUUGUCAACGAAGGGAAAGACAAGUCCUUCUUGUUAGAAAGGUUACAGGACCUUCAAAAAUCUCUCCCAAACAAAACCACCAAACAAAAGAAACAAAAAGGGAGCAUGAAACAGCAUUCAGAUGAUCACUCAUCUGGUGAUCAGUCCAACUCAAAUGCCAUGGUUCAAGCUUUACUUGCACGUCAGCAACUUGAAGAGGAGGAGAAAAGAUACAGCAUUGGUGGAGUACCUGUUCCUUCUGAAAUGUCCAACUCUAGUCCUCUGAUGCAAGCCAUGUUGGCCCGUCAACUAGCUGACCAGGAGAAUGAAGAUCAGUAUCCGAUGCGUGAUGAAAACCCGUCAUCUUCCAGUGCACUUGCUCAGGCCAUGGCAGCCAGAAACAGGGUGGAGGAUGAAGAGAAUAAUCAAUAUGACGUUUUCAACAGAUCCAGUGCCGUCACACAGGCCAUGCAAGCCAGAAGAAGAGCAGAGGACACAGACGAUGACAUGGGUGACCUGCCGCAUCCAGUGUCAAAUGUCAUGAUGCAGGUCAUGCAGGCCAGGCAGCAAGCACAGGAAGAUGACAGAAUUCAGUGGAUGACUGCUCCGCCACAAAACCCUGGGCCUUCAGGCUCCAGUGCUCUUAUCCAGGCCAUGCUAGCCCGGCAGGAGGCCCAGAAUGAAUACGAUGAUGGUUACUGAACAAAAUGCUGAGUUUUAUUUUACUGUGAUGAAAAAACAGAUGUAUGAAAAACAUCCAAGUGGCUUUUUAAGACUGAAAUUGCACUUUGUGAAGUAUAUGAAGGAGAUGAGUGUGCAGGUCCACCUCUUAUUUCAACUUUUAUACAAGUAAAUUUUAGUGAAAUCUUUCUAUGAUAGUAUGUCAGCUUUGUGUGAUGAGUAAUCCUAAACAUGAACACUAGAAAUAAAUUUGUGUCAUUUGUAAUGUAAUUUUUGUAUAAGUUGUUAAUUGUUGCACAUAAUUAAAUGUAAAAUAGAAAAGACAAGAUAACGGCAAAUAUUAAAAAAUGCCCCUGCAAAAUUAGUUAGUUGUUACUGGAGUGAAAUGUAAUUUUUCCAAGUGGCUGAUAAAGACAACACUGCCCUCUUCAGGAACUAUGCAUACAUUGCUACAUUUGAUUUUGUUGUUUUUUUCAAAUGACAGCUAUCUGCUCGUGUUGUGGUCAUUUUUAGAACACUUUCCAGACACGGGAAAAAAAACUACUAGGUUGAAUAUUAUUUUUUUAUUUGUGCAAAAAAAAAAAAAAAUCCACUUU